CGCACACACACACACGAUGUGUUGAGCUCGAGUUCUCAAAUAAAGCGAAUUCAAAAAGUGUUGCGAAACAGAACAUUUCCGAAACUCACUUGGAAGGCAAAGAACGAGGGGAGUGACCCAAAAGUAGAGCUACAUUUCGGAUCAGAUUCAGUGGUUUUUCAUCGUCGGUGUUAUCUACGAUAGGGUAUGCACAAAAUGCAGAUUUUCGUGCUCACGCGUGACGGUAAGAAGAGCAUCUAUGAGGCGGAGCGGUUCGCCACUGUGGGAGAGCUGAAGGCCCGGAUCGGACGGCAGAUGUGCGUGCCAAUGGGCUUCAGUCGGUUGACCUACAAGGGUCGCAUGCUGUCCAAUGACAGUAUCCUGGAGGACAUCGGCAUCAAGCGCUUGUCCACGCUGGAACUCUAUUGGCAGCCACUGGUGUGGUCGCCGAAGCAGUACCGCGAGAAGGAGCUGCACCUGGAGAAGCUAGAGGAGAAGGAGCGCGCUGGCGAGCAACUGGACGAGGACUGCGAAACCGAAACUGAAGCUGAAGACGAGCCGAGCUGCGACACCGUUUGUGAAGAGAAUGAGGGCGGCGACCUCUUAAAUGGUUCCCCCGAUGGUCGGCCCACUGGCAGCUUGCAGCAUUUGCUGCAGCUUAGCAACGGCAAGCUGAACGAGGACUUGGAGGAUGAAGAGCCGGUCGAGGAGGACAUCAGCUCCAUAUCGUCCGAUGAGCUGGAGUUUCUGGCCGCCUACCGGCGCUGCGCCCGCAGCGCACAGCAAAGCAAACAGACGGAUAUCAGCAAUCUGAUCGCGGAGCAGCACUCAUCUGUGUGUCAGUGCGGUCCGUCCAGCGAUGUCAAGGAAGGAGAUCCUGCUAUGGAGGUGGCAGUGGAUUUGCCAGGAGCUAAGACUGAUGUAGAGAUAUCGAAAGAAACCAAACUCAUGCCGGAGGCUAUGAAACCGAAACUAAGCGCCGAGGACGAAGUGGACUUUAAGAAGCUGAUGGAGCGUAGAGUGAAGGCAUUGCAGGACCUGAAACGUUACAGCGCCGAAAAUUUGUGUCUUCGUCAGUCCCUACCAAGAGUGACAGCUAUGCCUCCAGGUUUCGGUGCCGUCUGCGUCUCAGACCCAAGUUUUCCAACCAUCAAGUGCUCCCAAUCGAGCUCCCUCUCAGGAUCGUAUCAUGGAGCCGGUUCGAGCACCACUCAGCCUCUGCCAGGCAGUGCAGCAGGCCAGGGACAGCAAAAGUUGAACCCCAACAAGAGGAUGAACAAUAAGAAGAUUAAGAAGAAUCGCAAGAAGAAGUAAGGCACUCGACACGAUCUGAUGCAGACCCCACGAUUUAACGACUAAUGUUUGAGGAACUAAAUUUAAUGAUUUUGUUGCAUUUCGGAAACAGGAAAUUGAGAAAAUUUAACCCCCAUAUUUUCGUAGAUAAAUAAAAUUAUUUGUUUAAGGCCAUACUACCAUAACGAAA